AUGUCUAUUGAAAACUUAAAAUCUUUUGAUCCGUUUGCCGACACUGGUGAAGACGAAACUUCCACUACUAAUUAUAUUCAUAUUAGAAUCCAACAAAGAAAUGGUAGAAAAACUCUAACCACUGUCCAAGGUGUUCCAGAAGAAUAUGACUUGAAGAGAAUUUUAAAAGUGUUGAAAAAAGAUUUCGCAUGUAAUGGUAACAUUGUCAAGGACAAAGAAAUGGGGCAAAUUAUCCAAUUGCAAGGUGAUCAAAGAGCCAAGGUUUGUGAGUUUAUGAUUACUCAAUUAGGUCUACAGAAGAAAAACAUCAAAAUCCACGGGUUUUGA